UAGCGCUCAAACUACACGGUCUUAUUUAUUUGCAACACCCGCGUAACAGCUGUUUUACUUCUCAUUGCUCGGCUCCGAUCUGGCGUCACUCUUUGGAAUCGUUUGAAUACAUCUGUAAAACAAUCGCAAUGGAACCUGCUUGCCGUAAAGACAAGCCAAAGUUGAACUCGACGCCUACCAGAGGAGACCGAUCAAAACAGAAGUCUGCACAGCAGGAACUCAAACAGCGUCAGAGGGCAGAGAUUUAUGCCUUGAACAAGGUGAUGACUGCACUCGAGCAUCAGCAGUUUGAGACCUUUUGUAAACAGAUGCAGCAACAAGGAGAAUGAAGAUGCUACCAGCGCUUUCUUCAUCUGGGUUUUCCCUCGAACAAAAUGAGUCGUGGUGACUCCAUCCUGAGCACUCACAAAUAUGUGUAUGCUGCACAAUGAAGGACCUAAAGUUACACAGUGUGAAGUUUUAAAUGACUGAAUCAAGUGAUCGUGCUUCUGAAUUUGUCUUGAAAUUGCCGUGGAGUAUUUCUAUUCAAAGUGUUACAAUGCAUAGAGAACAGUUGGAAUAUUUUGUAGCCAGACAUCAAAUGUCAUGAAUUUGUUACGGCGCUCUUGUAUGCUCAGUCCCGUCACGCAUUUGUUGCGGUAUGUAACGUAUGUCUCGAAAAAUUUAGACUGGGCAGGGCAGGAUAUUCCGGGACCGUUCCCAUUGUAACGUAAACCGUGUCAUGUUAAAAAAAAAAAAAAAAAAACUCUUCAACUACCAAAACACCACAAAUUUAGAAAUAAUUUGAAUGUGUCCGGUAUUGUUUUAAAGACAUGUAACUAAAUAUGUUCUACACCACAUCCAGUAUGCUCCUCUGUCAGUAUGGUCACUCGGAAGGUAGCUUGCUUCAUGAAUUUGAGAAAAUAAAAAACAUAAGCUGAACCUCUUACCCUUGUUCGGUUCUUUUAACUUGGUGCCUCAAGACAUUUUUUUUGUUAAUUACGAUUGUCUUUACUGGAGACAACUGAUUUUGAAUCACCAUGGAAACAAUUAUGCAAAGGCUAUUCCAGCUGACCUGUACCCGAGUUACUUUUGUACUAAGCAUUUUAUUUUGUUGAAUAAAAAUUCAAUUCACAAACCAA